UCUCCGUCAUUAUAUACGUAUUUUGUCUUCCGUAAUUUUCAUUUAAAAUAACAGUGCAAUAAAUUGAUACAUAUUUAUUGUUAUGUGCACGUGGCUUCAAUAUACGCAGGAUAUUAUAUCCGUUCUUAAAACGUGUGGGUAAUGUAAUAUGCAAUGAGCUGAUAUUUCAACGCAUCGAUACAGCUCUCGAUGAUACAACAUGUGGCAAUAUAUCCAUGUUCUCAAUAAUAUCGAUUUUCACCCUGGGCCCCACAAUCUCUAGCGCCAGCCCUGCCCACUUUCUGCGCAUGUGCACACCUCGCGCAGGGGUAAACCGUCGAGCAACACUACCGCCACAAAAUUACCCCGUACAAUAAAAGUAAGUCAACCUAUCGAUGAUUCGUCUCGGUCGAUAUCACUACAAUAAAAAAGUAGAAGUCACCAAGAUUACGUACUUAUAGGUAUUCACGAAUGACAAUCUUCAUCUUAUAGGUGCUGACAGGAAGAAAAGUUGAAAAGUCGUAAGACGGAAAAGCGUGAUGCGCGAAGCGGGAAAUGUUCUCUGUGGCCCCGAAGCGACGACGCCACGUACUAGAUGGUUGUAUAUUAUUGAUCAAUAAGAGAGGCUAACAUGGGUGACCCGUGCCGGCAGAGGCAGCUGUUACUUCGUUCGUAUUUUGACGCGACGUGCGUGUUUCGCGAAAAACCGAUCCCAGAACCGUAUCCGCGCGAUCUCGGUGUUCCCUUGGCUGCCUGCGACGAGGUGAUAUCGCGUUCGUUGUGCAAACAGCACCGACCAUAUGUGAAACCCGCCAACCUCGUACUUCUGUGGAAAUACACAAAUCGAGGGAGACAGAGGGAGUAACUCGAAGAGAGUAAUACAACGGCGGAGGCAAAAGGAGUGGGAGCGAAGGAGAGGGUUAGAAGGAGAGGAAGGGAAAGAAAGUGACGGAAGAAAAAUCGUAGAAACAGAGGGAGAAGACGCGAGCGACAUGUGUCUGUGUUGAAGAAUUCUCUAGCCACGAUAGUACGACGGCCAAGGGUGCGCCGAGAGAGAAGAUCGGUAACAUUUUCUUUCCAAAUAUCCGAUACUCUCUCGUCGCCUACACGGAACUAUCGAUGCAGACCUUACGGAAGAAAAACAGUCCGUGCAAGUGUGAGUAACUGAUGAAAUCAACCCCCUGCGAUUUAAUACGUUCGAUGUCAUUUUGUGGUCUUGGUGUACACGUUGUGAUUCGAAUCAGGGAUGUACACGAGCUGAAUAGAAUCUUUGGGCUCAUUUCGUGGAAUUUUAAACAAUUUAAGCAUUACGUUGUGAUAUCACCCUCGUAGAUCGAUCAGGAGCCUUCGAAUAUGGCUUCCCCUAUUUCAGAGGGAGAAAGGUGACCGGUCGCUUGAUUCGAGUCCGACGGAGUAAUUUGAUGUGUGCUUAAUGUGUUAUGUAUUUUAGAAACCUAGGAAGUGGUUUUAUAGCAAAUAGUCUUUUUCAAAAAAUUAUUUUGUACUUUUCGCGCUAGUCUUUUUUCGGUUACCGACUGUGGUAACGCAGUUUGUUGAUGUCUUAGUACACAUUGACGCCGCUAGAUGGCAGCACCUACACCUUUCUCUUGCCGUUAAUUACACUUGCAAGAAGGAGUCAUUCAUGCAAUCUUUUCUGUUUUCUUUUUUCCAAACUUCUUUGUGCAAUUUUGUUGAAUAAAGUUUAUUAGUCCACGGAAUGCUUCGUGAGCACGAAACAAAAGAAACAGUUCUACACAAGUCAGUAAACUCAAGUUUCCUUUGAAGCCCUUUUGUCUGGGGCGCCUGACAAUAGGCAAUCGGCUGUGCAGGCACCCAAGCGGAUCAAAAGAGAAGUAACACCUGUUCCAACUGCUUCAUUGCUAAACAAAUUCAUAGCAAAUGUUAACCUACAUACAAGGUUAAAUUCAUUCUUCAGCAAUUAACAAAUGCUACAAAAUAUCCUUCAUUUAUUAGGAGUGGACCUGUCACGUAAGUUUUCAUCAUAUGUUGAAGAUAAAUUGGACAUCACAUGGACAUUAUAACAUUGUCAUUAAACAAGAUAAAUUAACCUGCAGCCAAGUUAGAAAAUUUGGAAUUCAUUCAUUUCAUUUAAAUUUGAAAAUAAGGUUACAUUUUCAAAGUUACAAAUUUGAAAGUCUAUAUUUUUUGAAUGUACAGAAAGUUUCUGAGAAUGUACCUGAGCACAUGACCCAGUGUCUUGGCCGCCCGGCUGCCAAUACCAAUACCAGAAUGUCGAUGAUAUCGGUGGUUCCUGAGUUAGAUGACUCAUCCUAUACUUUAUUGAUCCGGCAUUUCGCGCGUGGAGUUUUGUUGUGACAGUGCGAAGCAAACGCUCAGAGAUUUCGCAUGCGCUCGGCGGAACCAGAAAAGGAAAAGGGCGCGGCAAGGUGACCGGGACGAGGAGAAAAGGGCACACAGUAUGAAUUGGUUAUCCGGAUCGCGGUCUGAAGUAUCGACAGUUGGCGUUCUCCACUUGAGCCGCACUAGAGUACGUUCAAACAAAUGUGCCGGUGUGGUCGUGGCUAUUAAAAGUUGACGAGGGGUCGUCGGAAGUGUGCGUAAAGAAGCUCUGCGCCACGCUGGGGAUUUCGAUAAAUUGUCCGUGGAAAGGCAAAUCAUCCACCGCGACGAUACGAGCCUGAAAGAUUAAGCCUGAACAGGGGAGAGUUCUGAUCAACGAGCGGAUUCGAAUAUCUUCAACGCUGUUGAUACGCGUUGCGUUUGAUUCUUCAACAAUGUUGACUCACUGGGUCAGAAUUAUGAACCUUCAUGUUUGUUACAAGCAAACGAUGUGCGUCAGUCAAGAACGAGCCAACCCGAUUUCUUGGGGAAGGUGUGUCGUUCAAGGCGAAGUUGAUCGGUAUACUGGAAGUGUCGGAAGCACGUGGGGACCGGAUGUGCCAGGCAGCUUUGGCCGAUCUGAAGAUGGCGAUUCGGGCGGCUGGAGAACAUAAACAACGAAUCGCUGUCCAGGUCAGCAUCGAUGGAUUGCGUUUGAAGGAUGAGAAGUCUGGGGACUGCCUCUACCACCAUCCUGUACAUAAAAUAUCGUUCAUCGCACAGGACAUGAGUGAUUCUAGAGCUUUUGGAUAUAUUUUUGGGUCACCGGACACUGGUCAUCGUUUCUUUGGUAUCAAGACAGAUAAAGCAGCGAGUCAAGUAGUCAUCGCGAUGCGAGAUCUUUUCCAAGUGGUCUUUGAGCUCAAAAAGAAGGAAAUCGAGUUAACGAAGCAACAUUUGGAACAGAACGCCAUAAACGUUAUCAAAUUUCAUACUGGAGGCAUUUUCACUGAACCCACACCUGACACUAAGGGCGCAGCAGGAUCAGAGUCAUCGAUUCACCGAGUAAGGAACACGAGUUCAGAAGUAGAUAACACUACUGAUAAACGAAACGAGUCGCAAAGUGGCGUAAUUGCGGACUUGCUUGAUAUACAGUUCGAAUUGAACUCCCUGCAACAAGGAAUUCACCAUAUGGACAAGAUUUUUCCCGAAAAUCAAACCGCUUCCGCCGAUGAUCUCUUUGAAACCGAUCCUUUCGGUGACUCGUUCGCGAACAUGAAAUUGCAGUUGGACGAUACCGUGAGACCAAUUUUACCGCCUCCGCCCUCAUCCUCCAAAAGGGGACACCUAGAGCGACAGCAGACGGUUCCGGGUCCUCAGUCGUCGGUUACGUCCAGUCCUGCGACAACCAUAACUAGUAAAACGCCGCCGCUUCAAAGUUCAAUGCAGUGGUUUGAUAAGGAAGCUGAGAACCUCUUCAGCGACAGCGAGUUGACUGGUUCGCCGAAGAAUACACCCGUAAAAAAGGAAGUAGAAGAGACGCGAGCCAAAAGUCCCCAGAUAGACGUCUUCACAGAACUGGAUCCGCUAGGAACUGGCUUGAUCAAACCGUACGUUGACAAGAAGGACUUCUUCCAACACCUCAAGAAUCCUCCCAAGAAAGUCUUGAAGGAUUUGGUCCCUACCAGUUCGGCAGAUACGUUCGCAACGAACUUCAAUGAGCUCUCGGAUCCUCUGGAGUCGGUGAAAGUACGAAACGAUCUGAUAUCGAAGGACAAUCAGUUCGACGAUAGCAACUUCGCGAACUUUGACCGAUUCGAUGAAAACGAGGCGGUUCAGUUUGCGUCUACUGAUUCGUCGCGGAGAGUAGAAAGCGUGGCAAGACCAGCACAUCAUCAGCCACUCUCCGUGUCUCUGCCACCUGAAGAUGCUUCCUCGAAAACCCCUGCAGUGCCCACUGUUCCUGUGUCUGGAGGCGUGUCCCUGCUUAGUCGAAUGGACAAGGACUCUACAGAGUCCAUGCAUGGCCUAGUGAAACUACCCAGCCCUAUCAAAUCCGCGCGCAAGAAGGAAUUCGACAUGGACCUGUCGAGCAGUAAGCCGCAGUCCAUGGACAAACCGUUCCCGGUCGAUUUCUCAACGGCUAACGAGUCGCCGGCAUCUCCGCUGAAGUCCUGUUCAUCGGAUGCGAAUUCAAGACUGUCUACUUCGUCCGCCGAAUUGGAAUUGGUACCUGAGCCGCCUCCACGAGGGGUUGGUAACAUCGUGAUUAAUCCACCGCCCCUGCCGCCCAAGAAGCAAGGAGUCAGAGCGGCGAUGAAGCCGCCUCCGAGGCCCCCGCACACCGAGUACUUCCAUUACGACUUCCCUGAACGCGAACCUGUUGCCACCAAGGACAGAAGCAAGAGUCCCGUCGGUGAGGUGAAGGGUCAGUUCGACGACAAUUUCAGUCCUCCCGUUCAAACGUCUAACAGGUCUGAUCUGAUAGGAUCGAUGACCACAACGACGUUCGAGGAUUCCUUCAGCUCCAUGGUGCCUACUACGAACUUGUCUACGUUUUUUACUAGUACGAACACAUCGACCGGCCCGAAGAAGACGAAGCCUUCGUUGGACAUCACCCUCAGUCAGUUGACGUCCUCGAACUUGGACGAGUUAGCUCAUAGUUUGGGGAUGACAGUCAAAGAGUUAACCAGUUUGACUCUUCAGCAACUGACGGAGUGUCUGACGACUCUUUCAGCCAAGGAGGCGGCUUCCAGUGAUACGGAGGAGCAGACUCCUGCUAAACAAGAGCAGGCAUACAAGCCGCAACCGAUGUCCAACGUGCAACCAAAACCGUACAUCGACAAUCAACCUUUCAGCACUAUUAGUACCGAGCAGGAAACCAAGGAAGCAGCUACUUAUGAUAAGUAUGCUGUUUUCCGGGAGUUGCUGGAAUUGGAACAGUUAGAAAAGAAUGAAGAAACUACAAUGCAGGAGACAGCUGAAGAGGAGACGUCUUCGGUGUCCAAGGAGGACUUUGAAAUGGUUCAGCAACAAGAAUCUUGCGAGGACAGCAGAACGGAGUCACUGGCUUCUCUCGUGAAUUUGACCGUGAAACUUCCGCCCAGUAACGAGGAUCUGACGAAGGAGGAGCCAUCUAGUGCAAAAACGGAAGAGGCGAGCGAAUCUUCUACGGGAUUAGCGUUCGAGAAGAGCCAGUCCGAGGAAACUGAGGGUAGAGUAGAUUCGAUGACCGAAAUAGAAGCUGCGACGGAUUUGUUGACGAAGCAGGCCACCACGGAGAACGAGGAAGAUUUUGAGAGAGUCAGCUCCAUGGAGAUGGAAGAGAAAGCCGAUGACAAGGAGUCUAUUGGUAAACCGAGUUCCAACGAAGACUCCGAUAAACCUGCCACGGAGACCAGCGCCGAGGAGACGAAUGGCUCCGUGAUCGUGGAGAAAACAGAGGUGAAGACGUCCGUGUCGACUUCCAGCGACAAGUAUGCAGCUCUGCGCGAAAUCAUAGGCGAGCCAGAACCGGUUAAACAGACCGAGGACGAUCUAUCGAGUUCUCCACGUGCAUCCCCCGUGAUUCAGCCGUCCCAAUCGAAGACUUCUGCCGAAGUAGAGCUAUUGAACCUGUUCUCUGACACACCACCUUUAUCCAGUCCAAAGAAGCAGGCUAAGGAGGAGGAGGAUAAGCCGAAAAUGCAGAAGCUUUUCGACGAGAUCAAGAUGAAGUACGAUAAGCAACGAGCGUCUAAACUGUUGAUCCCAGAAGACAUCUUCUGCCCCUUCGCGGAGUUGAAACAAGAAAGGGACGACAGCAAGGAUGACAACUGGGCCAAGUUUGACACAGGUUUAUUCGUUUCAGACAGACCCUGCGAAGGUCCUCACUCGAUAAGUGGAACUUCCCCGUGGUCCCCAGACGGCAAGGAGUUCCACAAAGAGCCAUCGUUCAAAGGGAGUAUGUAUCGACAGUCCGGAGACAGCGACAACGAGUGGAAGGACGAAGAAGAGAGCGAGGAAAGCAACGGCAGGGUACGAGGGGACGAAAGAUUUUGGUGCAGUCGUCUUCCCAGAAUCGACCCUCCCCGCAUGGACGCUCCUCGAAUGAGUUCUGGGAACAAGAGGGACAGGAGUUUCCGGGAUAGGAUGGUGGAGAAGUCUAUGGAGGCAGCGUGGAUGAAGAAUCCUUAUCACAGAACCCGGGAGUUCUCUCCAUGGCACGACGAGGGUCAAUGGGAGAAGGAAUCCAGACGCUAUCCUCAUCGGAAGAUGCCGUACAAAGACGACGAGGACCAGUACGAGGCUCACUGGAAGUGCAGACCUAAACCUCAACGUUGGAAUUGGCCGCACGAACACGGCCCGUUCUACGACGACGACAGGAAGCGGAAGAUGAUGCUGUGGAAGGACGACAGGUUCGGGAGCCAAGAGAGUAUGGGCUACGACGAAGAGGACAGGUGGCCCAGGAGAAUAUACGAGAGAAGACGAUGGGAGGACGAGAUCAGAUACCCGAGUAGGCGGAUGCCGGCGGAACAACUAGAACCCGACGGCACCAGAGAGAGUUUAUACUUUUUCAGACCAGAUCUUUAUCACUCGUCAUCGAAAGUUUAUACGUGGGAUGAGGAGUACGAGAGACCCGAGGACUCCGUAUGCGGUCUUAUCACCAGGAAGAGGUACUGGCCCAAAAGGCCGAACAGCGCGAACGAGGGCCGCAAUGCGGACAUGGUUUACCCCGAAUCCCGCGGCAAAUUCGGUGCCUCCAGAUCCGAGUGCAGCGACAACGACACAGACCCAUAUCCCCGGUCCUCCCAGCGCUCCAGGAGUCGCGAGAGCUACUGGGGCAGCGAUCAGGAGUACGACAGCUGGGCGGAGAGACCCUACUGGUCCGAGGGGCCAGAUACCAAGACAGAGAGCCUGCACCGGAAGAAGGUGCCCAGGCAUAAACCACGGCAGCCGCACGCGAAGACCCAGAGUCCAUUCGAGGACGAUUUUGCUCAAAGUAUAGAGCACGUUGAUCCGUCUACAGUCGAGUCCUUAGCCACGGUGGAGCCACGCAUCCGCUCCGACAUGGAGCAACAACCACCUCCGAGUCCUUCCUCCAGCAAGAGGUACUCGAAGGAGCUGCCCAGGAAGGAAGUCCAAAGAGAGUACAGUAAGAGGUCCAGCUACUUCGAGGACGAUCUGACGCCCUCGGCGAGCGGGAUGAGCGACACGUCCGACCGCCAGAGGUUAUCCUCCGAGCUGAAGGCCACCCCUGAAGAGCUACCCUGCGACAGCAAAGAGGGCCACCAGACGGCUGACGGCUUCGUGUCCGAGGACAGUGGACGCGACUCCUACUUUAACGGGGACCUCAGAUACGACGACGACGACGCGUUCACGUUCAAAUCGGAACUCGAGGACAACGUGUCGGAUCACCGGUCCACCACGUUGCCGCUGAAGAACCACUCGCGGCAGGGGAAGUACAGCGCCGGGAACAACAACAGCAACAACAAGUCCAGGAGCGAGCAGUACAUCAGGAAGUCCGAGUCCGUGAACAUAUUUGUCAGGGAGAGCGACCCGUUCGAUGACGAUGACUUCUUCAAUUGAUGGGUUCUCAAGGGUGCUCGAGUUGCGUACGGUGCUGGACAUUGCGACGUGAUUUUUCGAACGUCUGCCUCGGUUCUCGCGUUCCUCUUGUAACCUUGCCACGAACAGACUUCGGUGCUCUUCAUCGACCGGGUGUCUAUGUCAGGGGUCCUAAAUCAUUCCAGAUCUUCGUGUUUUCCUCGGUUGUUCGGACACAUCGUUUGAGUUUGAUGGAUGGAGGGAGCGUGUUUGCUUGCGAUCAUCUUCGAUCAUUCGUUGUUGGGCUGGGGAAAUGUCGGUGCGAUCAUCUAGUCAUUGUUUUAACAAAUUUGUACAUAAUGUUAUUAGCGCGAUAUCUAGUUGCCGACAGGGAUCUGUAUAUGUGUGGUAAAUUGUUUUAGCGUGGUUUACACGGCGCUUUUAUUCCUGAUCAACGAGCAUAGUUAUCGCGUUCUUGCUUUGUUCGUUUGAUACUAUGAUGCUAGUCAUGCUCGAGGAGCUUUAGGUAUUUUGGAAAAUGCGGUUGGAUUGCAUUUGGAGUUGUUGGCAUUUAGAUUGUUAUUUUAUUCUGUUGACCAGUAUUUAUGUUAAUGAUCUCAUGUUCUGUAAUCAAAUGCAAGUGGAUUGCUUUGAGGUUAGUUUUUAUAAAAUGGCGGCUAACUAGUUUAAUCAUCUCUAGUCUGUACAAGUUGUAUUUAUUUCUAAUGAAUUAAUUGUGAACAAUUAUAAAAUAAUUUAUAUUUUUUAUAAGCAAUCCAGUGGAAGUUAUACAAUUCAUUGUAUAUUUUUAAUUUAUUUAUAUAUUAUCGCACUCUAUGUUACGUAUUUAUUAUUCGACAUAAUAUUUAAUUUGUAAAACUAUAUAAAUUAACUAAUAAGUCUGAGUAUUUUAGUUGCACGUUUUAGAGGAUAAAAUUAUCCUCCAAUUUCGAACAUCUCCAAAUGCAAAAAUCUGAACCAUCAAAGUCUGAAGAGAUCUUAUUCGAUAGCUAUUGUUUGGAACUUGUCGAGGAAUCAGAACUGGAUGGCUUUUAUUCGUUUCCAGUCGGUACGAGAUGUAUUCUUGUUGAAUUAUAAGGGUGAUGGACGCUCCCUGCACAUGUUCUAUCUUUUUGUGUUCAAUAAUACCCUUACGACCCUCGUAACGAAAAAAUGUUGUGUAAAUUAUUCUCCGAUCAAUUGCCCGAUUAAUACUUUUUGAUAACUGCAAUUUUUGUGAUUUACAAAUAUUUUGAAAUUA